ACUUGAGGUUCGUAGAGGAGAGAAAUUCAAAUUCAGUGUAAAGAAAUUAGAUUUUUGAACGAAAGCGACGAACUUUAAGUUCAUGGACCGCUUGCGUCCUAGGAAUCGAGCGGUCUUUUCUGGAUUUACAAAUGCCGAGACCAAUGCGACUGAGUUGGCCAUAAUUAUUGCAGUUGUGUUACAGUCAUAGACAUCCCCAAAACGGAUUGAGAAAAUGGAGAAAUUGUUGAGGGAACCUACGGGGGGGUCAUUGGGCAAGGAAUUUUACCAAAAACUGGCUCGAAGUUUCAACUAUUCCUCUGGCCGUGCUGGCAAGCCUAUCAUAAAAUGGACAGAGAUUGAGAGUUGGUUUCAGACUAGGCUCCAAGACUCACCACAAGUCCCUAGCAGUGAGUUGAUGGUUCCUAAAUGCAAGGAAGGAGAAACUAUGCAACACCCAUCAGAGUUGGAAUUUGAAGCAAGAUCAUCAAAAGAUGGAGCAUGGUAUGAUGUUGAGGCAUUUCUAGCUCAUAGAUUUCUUAGCACAGGGGAAGCUGAAGUCCAUGUCAGAUUUGUUGGAUUUGGAGCUGAUGAAGAUGAGUGGAUCAAUAUCAAAACUUCAGUACGCCAACGCUCCAUUCCUUUGGAAAGCACAGAGUGUUCCAACCUGAAAAUGGGAGACCCAGUCCUGUGCUUCCAGGAGAGGAGAGAUCAAGCAAUUUACUAUGAUGCUCACAUUGUAGAGAUCCAAAGGAGAAUGCAUGAUAUUAGAGGUUGCAGAUGUCUCAUCUUAAUUCGUUAUGAUCAUGACAACAGUGAGGAAAGAGUUCGCUUGAGGAGACUUUGCCGCAGAUCAAGAUCUUAAGCACAUGUGGGAUCAAUUCUUUUUGACAUUCAAGGUGAGCUUUCAAACAGUCAGCAAAGGACCUGGGUGCAGCAGGAAGCAACUAGCACUUGACAUUGAGUAUCGUGCUCGUUCAUGCAAAUUUCAUAGCUAAAACAUGUAAAGCCUUUUCCCCGUCCACUUAAGUUUUGGCUGGGAGUGCUGUAGAAGAAGAAUUAUGAAACUCGUGGCCCUUUUUUUGUCAUCAUUGGUAGAUAAGGGAAGUAGAUGGUAAAAGAUGAGUAAGCUUCAACUAUGGAAUUGUUAAUACACUAGGGGGAAAAGACCUCAUUUUAUAAAAUGUUUUUCAUCAAAGGCAAUGGUACCUGAUAUGGAUACCUCCCCUCAUCAUUCGUAUGUUUCCGGAACUGAAUCGAAGGAAAAUAUAAAGUUUUAUGGUUCUA